GCGGCGGGCAUGUGGCUUUGAUGUUUAGAAUCGUCUCGGAUUCAAAACUUUGAAAUUAGUGAGACGCCAUUUUUGUUUUAUAUGCAUAAGAAGCAAAUCGGAACAGAUGAUGACUUGACACUUUGAUCUCUUCGUUGGACCAGUACCAUGUCUGCAAGAUGACAAGCAAAGUACAUCAGUUCCUCAAUGAGUCAGGGGGAAGCAACUUUACGGAGUCCGCUAUCCGACCCCCAGUCUACGGCGAGGAAAAUGAACUGGUUUCGAACGGAGGAGUCUCUACACGGAGUAGUGGCUCGCACAAAAGCCAGUUGUCAAACAAAAGUCAGACAUCCUCCAAGAGUAUGGGGUCCAACCGAGGAGAUUCCCCUGCUGUUACUCCCCGUCGGUCCAACAAGUCCGCCCAGUCAAUGAGUGUAAGCUGCAUAGACGAUGACGACAUGGCCCCUCUGGGCUUUGAACCAGAGGGGAGUGCCUCAAGUUCGCCACCGUUCAAUGAGAACAGUACUCCGUCUUUCAUGAAAUGGGCAGAGAAUUUCAAUUAUUUACUUGAGGAUUUACAAGGUGUAGAGCAAUUUCGGAACUUCUUGGUCCAAGAAGGUCUUGGGUCAUAUGCUGUGGAAUUCUGGUUUGCUUGCCAGGGUCUGAAAAAGAAGGAUUCUGGUGAAAGCAUUGCAAAUGUGAUACGUGUGAUUCAUAAAAAGUAUAUUAAAUCGGAUAAACUGCCGUGUAUAAGUGAAGCUACAAAAAAGGAUAUACAUGAUAAGUUACAAAAACGUGUGGACCUCAAUCGUGAGAUUUUCGAUGAGGCACAGACGGAAGUGGAACAAGACAUGCGGAAUAAUACCUAUCCAUUAUUUAUAAAAUCUGAUUUGUAUGUGCAAUAUGUCCAGAAGGGUGGGGAGAGUCCCAAGAGCAGUAACACCUCAAGUGGGUCCAUUACACGGCCAGUGUCUGUUGGACCUCUUCCCACGCUUAUGGAGGACCAAGAACUUCAAACAAAUGGGACUCACCUGUCCUCGUCAGUAUGUGGACCCCCUAUUAGUGGUAAAAGUUCAAAUGUGUCAAGGUCAAGCCAAGGGGAAAGUUCUGGUGCUAAAAAACACUCCUCAGAAGCCUUCAGUAGUUUUCCUGUGCCAUUUGCCCCACGGACGCCCUUGGCUCAUCCUUACCAUGUGUCCUACGCGCCAGUAUCAGCCCAGGACAGUGAGAUACAGAGUUUGUCCAGUGAUGCCUUGACUGAUGACACGCGCUCAAUUGACAGCAGUGUUGACAAUGAUAAGAUGUGGAAAAGGCAACGCCGGGCAAUGCGCAAACGGGCAGAACAAAACCGGGAGAGUGGAAUUCAUCAGCAGUUUAUACCUCGUACUCAAAGAGCACCAAAGGACUCCAACAUUGCUGAAGUCAAUCCUAAAAAGUUUGCUGCCAUGUUGAUAGAGAAGCUUGAAAGAGUUUUGAAGGAGCGAGAAAAAGAAGAGAAACUGAAUGAAUCUAUGAGUAGAAUUUUAGAGUCUGACUUGGAGGAGGGAGACAGAUCAAUGUUGAACAGGUCUGUGGAUCGUUCAGUUGACCGACUGGAACGCCUUGAUCGGUCUAUAGAACGCUCAAUAGAUCGGUCGAUGGAUCGGUCAAUGGACAGGUUAGACAGGUCUCUUGACCGGUCGGCAGUGUUGAGGAACACAUCCUCUGCUACCUCUAUGCCUUUAAUGACAUCUGCUGUGAUAAUGGACGACGACAAUCCCAAUAGCAUUCUGGAGGAACAUGUGUCCCGAAUAUGGGAGAGCUCUGCUCAACAGACACCCACUCGGUCGCCUGGACGACAGUCACCGUCGUUAAAGAGGUCGGCAGCUGAUCGCAAGUCCUCGGCUAAUCAGACACUGCCCUUGCCCAAUACCUUGCCAUCUUCAGUGCACAAUAAUAAAUCAUUUCACAAGAAACGUCCAGACUAUCAUUCCUCAUUUGACAGUGGAAUGGGUGAGGACAAACCCUCUGUGGAAACGCAUCGUCACAUACACCAUCACCAUCAUCACCAUCAUUCUCGUGACCCCAAGUCCAAGACAUAUAUUGAAUAUGAGGCACAACAACAUGUGAGUUGUUGGCCUGGUGAUGUGAAUUCUAAUAGUGCGCGUGGACACGGGUCAGGAAAUAGUGAAACUAAUAAUACUGAUAGGGGACGGACUACACGCCGUACUAAUCGUAAACAUUCGGAUACAAGCAGCAACAUUGACAGUGGAAUUAGCAUGAUUGAGUCUAUAUCACCAAUGGCUGUGCCAAAUGCUCCUCUGGAUCCCUCUACAGAAAAGGUACUGAGCUGGAUGCGGGACAAUUCUUGGGACAGCGAGCAUGUCAGUAGCGGUGCAACAGGAAGCACUGAUACUGAACGCACCAGCGGAUCCCAUAAACGUUUCCGGUCAGGCGCUGCCACUUCUGCAACUACUCCUCACAAGCAAGGAUCUAACAAGAAGUCAACAACACAUGGUUCUAGUCGAUCAGCUUCUGUGGAGAGAACUGGAAUGUUGCAGCCGUGGUUGACAAUGGGUGGUCAAGCUCUGCCCACACAGCCAUUUGUCCAGGACCCAUCCAUGCCUCUCCCCACACCACCCAACACCACUGUUCAGCUGGAGGAAGCCAAGCGCAGGCUGGAGGAAUCACACAUUGUUCCUGUCAAGUCCAAGUCCUUCACUGGUGUUCCAUCCAAGGAGAAAAAGGUAGCAAUGUUCAUCUCGCAGAGCAUGUCAUCUGCUAGACCUUCACUCCCGACAACACGCACCGUACCGAGUGACCUUGACCUUUCUGCUGCUGAAGCACCUGUUGCCAGUAACUCUACUGAGAAGAAGGGCAGUAAGAAAUCGUCAUCGAGCAGUGCCAAUACAUCUGGGUCAGCACCCUCGGGGACCAGCGCUUCCACACCUGCUGCCCCUACAGAGGGGGGCGAGGUCAUCAUUGGCUAUUUCUUCUGCGGGGAGCCUAUCCCAUACCGCCAUACUGUACAUGGGACACAUGUCACACUGGCGCAAUUCAAACAUCUGAUUGGCCGCCGGGGCAACUUCAAGUUUUUCUUUAAGAAGUUGAGCAAUGAAUUUGAGAGUGAAGUUGUUUUUGAGGAAAUCCGCGAUGACAAUGAGAUGCUUCCAUUAUGGGAAGGAAAGAUUGUAGCCAAAGUGGAAAAAGUGGAUUAAAAGACGGAGCAAAUCGGAAAGAAAAAAAAUCUUUCGAACAAAAAAUUAAAGAAAAGAAAGUUAACCAUGACAUUCAAGUGUCACUGGAAAAGAAGGUUUAAUAUUUCAAUAACUUUGUAAUUAUGCAUGUAAAUAUGUAUAUAUAUAUAUAUAAAUAUAUAUAUAUAUAUGUGUGUAUGACUGUGACUGAAGAGGGAGAAAUGUCAAUUAGUAUGCAUGUAUGAUCAAAUGAUAACUGCUGACUCAGGGGAAUUUGUUGGACUGUAACUGGAACUUUCGCCAGUAUGACUAAUGUAAAGGGCAUUGUGUCCUUGAUCUUAAGGUAGUGGACAGGUGACUUUGACCUUAAAUAACGAUUUAAAAAUAGAGGAUUUUUUGGACAUAUAUCAAGUUGUUUUUGUGAAGGCAUAUUUCGGAAAGAUACACCAUACAAAAAUAUUUAGUUUAACAUGAGGGGGGGAAAAAACAAAAAAAAAAAACUAAAAAAAAAUGUCAAAUUUGAAAAUUUUGCAAUUUUGAUUAACUGAAUGAUGAGAAAUUACUUUCCAAAAAUGAUAAUAAAAUGAAAAGCUAGUUUGCAUGUGAUGUGCAAGACUUGAAUAAUUUGAUGUUUUACACUGUAAGUAUGAAGACCAUGAAGAAAUGGUAUUUGUUGCCGAGUUUUAAAAUUAUUUUUUACAAUGACGACUUUUAAGAAAGAUUUGUUUAACAUACAUAAGAUAUACCAAAGAUUUUGAAAUAAAGAUAUCAGACAUAUGUUAUUGUGCAUCAAUCAUCAUUUCGUUUAGUGAAAAAAAUUAUAUCAUUAUUAUUUCAUAAAGUGCAUUCAUUUAGAAGAAAAGAGUGUUUUCAAGGUCCAAGUUUUCUGUACAUCUCUGGCUUUGAUCUGAAAUCCCUCAUCAAAAGGAUGUUGUAUUAUAUAUAAUAUUGUAAUUAUUUCUCUUGUGUUAAUUUAUGAACUUAGUGCUACUUCUUCUGCUAGUACUUAAUUGAUAGUUACAAAUUUAUAUAAAUAUGUACAAUUAAAGUUCUUCUUACUGCUGAGCCUGUGUCCAUUCAGAUCAAAGCUUUUUUUUUAUAUAGACCACCUUUGAUCAUUAAAUAAAAUUUGCAUACCAUAAUUAAAAACAAUAUUUUGUGUUAAAAGUUCAAAAUAAACAAAAAAUUAUUAUUGGUGUCCUCGCUCAUGGAUUUCUCUCGUCUUUAAACAUUCCCUGUCUUAAUUAAAGGUGAAAAAAAUGUAAUUUUUAAGUUUCAUAAAUAUUUGAAUAUUUCACUAAGUCUUUUUUAAAAAGUUUUUUCUUGCAAUGAUUAUGGUUCAGUAUGAUUUUUUGAAGUGUCUGGUCAUUAUUUGUAAGGAUUGGUCCCCACUUGGACACAGGGAACCCAGAAUAUCUGUAGUCUUUUAAUAAUCAUGAUAAAUACAAGGGCACCACAAGUCAAUUUGUCAAUUAAAGAAAAAAAUUAUCUGAUUGUUACGAUUAUCAUGGAUGGAAAAGUCCCCAGGUGACGAGGGUAGAGGAUCAGGUUUUCAGACAGCUAUUUAUUUAUUUCAUUUCUAUUCAACAGAUGUAUCAUGUUAAAUCAGGAAGUUACGGUUGUGAUUUUGGCAGCAACCUCCUGUUGAUCUAUCGUUAAAAACUACCGGUAUUAUUUAAAAAUCAACUGCCAUUUUAACAGUCCAUUCAUUUUGAUUGGCCGAUACCUUUUAGUCUUAAGUAGCUGUGGGCAUUUUAAUACAUAAAACUUUUUUAAUUAAUGAAAUGUAUUGAAUGUAAAUGAAAUCAGGUUUAUUUCUCUUGUUUGUUUUGUAACUUAUUCAUGGUAUCAAGCGUUCUUAGAUUUUAUAAUGAGUUCAGAUAGGAGGAGGUAAAUACUAUUUAAAUUUGGGUGAUUCAGGAGAGACAGUAAUCAAAAAGUAGUUUUUCUAUGACAUUAUCCAAACAGGGUCUUCAAUCUGAAAAUUAUCAUUUCAAACGAACGAUGGAUGUUUAUUCUGUGAGAACGACAUCUCACUUUUGAACAUUGUACAUAUUAAUAUUAAUUAUUUUAUUGACAUGUCCAGGCAUUGUCAUUAUUCUUUUCUGGUUCAUACUUCACUAAUUAGUUCAACAUUUCCAUUAUGUAAUAAAUAGUUACAUCCAAUAAAAUUUUGUACUAUAACAAAUAUUUUAUGAAGUA